AGGGACCGUUUUUUUUAAAAAAAAAAAAAAAAAAAACUAUAAAACUUGACUUAGUUACUCCAAACUUUCUUUAGGUUUUCUUUUAUACUUUUAUUGUUGUUAUGGAUAUUCCAAAUAUAAAUAUACCUAAAGGGAGUGACUCGAGUGUUCCUCGUAUUCGCAAUCUCCAUCCUUCGCAACUUUCACCGGACCAUGUAGGCGAUGAGCAUAUACCUAUUGAACGCACCAUGAGCUCCUUCUCUGAAAGACUCGGUUCCUUUGUGGGUUCUUAUUCUCGCACAAGCAUGAUGUUUAUGGCAGAAAACUUGGCUGUACCCAAUGCCCCUUUUUUGGAUGAGGAAGACGAUAAAUAUUCUGCAAUUUCGUCGGGUUAUGUUUCCAGGAUUCCAUCAAAAAACUCUGUGUCACGUCUCAGUCGUAUUGAAUCAGGUCCUAGCAAUGAAAACACCGCUCUCUUAUUCUCUCAUCUGGAUAAAGUGCUAUCUGUCAGAAGUAUCUGUACCGUCGCCGAUGAGUAUCGCUAUGAACCGCAUCCAAUGGCUGCUGAAAAAUCUUCUUUUACACAAUCCAUCUUUAAUUCUAUCAAUAUCUUGAUUGGUAUUGGUAUUUUGGCAUUGCCUCUUGGUUUCAAGUGUGCGGGUUGGGCUAUCGGUAUGUCUGUCUUUAUCUUUUGCUGUGGUUUAACAAAUUACACUGCCAAAUACCUACAGAAAUGUUUAGACCUUGAUCCCGAAUCUAGAACAUAUGGUGAUAUGGGUGCCUUAGCCUUUGGAUUAAAGGGUCGCAUUUGGGUCACAGCAUUAUUUAUUACAGAGUUGAUCACCAGCAGUGUGGCGCUGGUAGUUUUAUUAGGGGAUGGUAUUGAUUCUCUGUUCCCCGGAUCUACCGUGGUAGAAAUCCGUAUCUUAUCAUUCUUUAUCUUGACGCCCAUGCUUUUCUUGCCUGUACGACAUUUAUCUUAUACAAGUUUAUUGGGCAUUAUUAGUGCCUUCAGUAUUAUUGUGGUCAUCAUUGUAGACGGUGUCAAUAAAAAGGAUGCUCCUGGCAGUCUAAUCCAACCCGCUGAUACCGAAAUCUGGCCUUCAAAUUGGUCUACUGUACCCCUUAGUUUCGGAUUGAUCAUGGCUGGUUUUGCUGGACAUGCUGUCUUCCCAACCGUCUAUCGUGAUAUGGACAACCCGAAAUUAUAUGUUCGUAUGGUGAAUUGGACUUAUGUCGCCACCACUAUUGUUUAUUUCCUCGUGGCUGCAUGUGGUUAUUUAAUGUUUGGUUCUGACACAAUGCAAGAGAUUACGCAAAACAUUGUUUCAAUCCCCGAAUACAACCAAACCUUAAAUCGCCUUGCUGUUUGGUUAAUUGCGAUGAAUCCCAUUGCGAAAUAUGGUUUGACGGUGAACCCAGUGAAUUUGAGUUGGCAAAUUUGGUUAUUCCGUAGCCCGCCUUUGGAGGACUGGUGUUACAAGAAUAGCUGGCGUGAACCCAUUUUGACAGCGAUUGGAAAAAUCUGCAUCAGUGCAUUUAUUGUUGUACUUGCUUACAUUAUUCCCGGAUUUGAUAAAAUCAUGUCAUUAUUGGGUGCGUUCUUUUCCUUUAUGAUCUCGGGUAUCUUUCCCCUUGUUUGUCAUUAUUACCUCUUUAGUGAUUCCAUGUCCAUCAAGCGUAAAAUGUUGGAUUUCACUUUGUUUAUUGUGGCUUCCUGUAUGGCUUUGACUGGUACCUUGUGGAGUUUCCUUUAAAAAAAAAAGCAUUCCCCCCCCCCAUCCCCAAUUCUUUUUUUUGGAAAAUUGUAUAUAUAUAUAGAUUUGAAAAAAAAAAAAAAAAAACAAAGAAAAGAAAAUAUAUUACAAUUACAUAUAUAUAUAAAAAAAGAGAG